AAAAUCCACCAACCCUAAAGACAACCUGCACCUAGAGCAUCCGCCGAGCUCCACCGUCCGCCGCCGCCGAGGGGCACACAAGAGGCUCGGAGGAGAUGGAGGGGGGCUCGCCGGGAGGAUUUGCAAAUUUGUCCCAACGAUCUACUAUGGGAGCGGUAGACCAGCGCAGAAUUCGAUCUAUUCGCGAGCCUCUGUUCGGUGAUGGUUGUUUCUCUGUAGUGCCAACUGGUUUGUUCGAUCACGACAGCCUUUUGCGCAAAACACUCACCUCUGACGAACGCUUUGAAGCUUUCUUGCAAUUCCGUGAGCAAGCAUUGGAAAUUGCUGCAGCCCAGCUGAUCUCUGCAUCCAAUUCACCUGCUGAUCUCUUCCACCUGGCUGGUGAAGAAGAGUUGGACUUUCGAGCAAGCUACGUGUAUGACCCUGGAAUGUUUCCUCACUACGUUUAUGACAAUGACUUGACUUCACAAAGAUUGUAUUAUGUUUAUAGAUCUUUUGCCUUUCAAAAAAGUCUUCUGAAUCUUGACUUUAUUCAGAAGAACAGUGAUUGUGAAGAAGUAUUAAAAAUACUUAAAUCUUCAACUCAAUGGUCUGAGCUGCAAGAUAGUCAGCUAAGAACUCUUUUACAGAGGCAUAUGAACCUUUUGAAGGAACAUCAUGAGAUGUCACAAUUGGACUCAAAUACCAGAGGCACCAGCAGAUCUGAGUCAUUCAAAAAUUUUGCUUUGGAGAAGAUCAAUUCAGAGCUGAGUUCAGAAUUAGAUGAACUUCAACUUGUGGAUGACUGGGCGUUUUUGAAUCAAUACUGCAAGUUUACGAAAUUAAAUAUUCUUGCAAGAAAAUGUGACUCUGAGGCACAAAUGGCUGAUAUUGUUAUUCUUGAAGAGGCAGUACCAAUAAGAGAUGGGUAUAUGAAGGAGCACAUGUCUUCUGGAAGCCCAAUAGAAAGUAAGCUAGCUAUCGCAAAACAGAAGGCCAAGGAGUCAAUGGAGGGUUGCAUGGGUUCCUUGCGUCGAAUGAAUCCGCGGUUUGGAAGGGGCACUGCUCGUGGUAAGGCUGCAUUUUUUGCUUUCAGUACAUUUGCAGCUGUUGCAUCGGCAACUUGGAAGAUAAGGAGGGAGCACAGCUAGCCGUGUAGCUGGUCUCUGCAAAGAUACAGUCAACUCAUGUUUGACAUCUGCAUCCUGUAUAAUAUUUAGUAUUAUUUACUCUUUUAGGCCAGGUUGUAUCAGAGUGCCAUGUGUAAUAGGAUUGGUAAAAUUAUGUAGAAUAAUCCACUUAAUUCAAGAUUUCUU